AUGCCGCGCGCGUUCCUGGUCAAGAAGCCGGUGGUGGCCACGGCCAAGCGCAACUGGAGCGAGCUGCCGGACGAGCAGCGGGCCGAGAUCUACGUGCCCAUCUGCCUGGGGGGCUGCCCCCUGCGCAGGGACCCCGAGCCCGCCCUGGCCGAAGCCCCCUCCUCCCCCCUGGACAUGACGCUGCCCCCCCCGCGCCCCCCCCGGCCCCUUCCUGCACCCCAAGGGCAAGGUGGAGGGGGUCCCCAAAAUUGGGCGUCCCCCAACUGGGGGGUCCCUGGGAUUGGGGGGUUCCUGGGGGGAGGGGGGCGUGUCUCCAAAACUGUCCCGCCCGGCGCUUUGGGCGCCCCCCUCCCCCCGGGGCUGCCCCUGCCCGGGGGGGUCCCCGCGGGGGUCCCGGUGCCCGGGGGGGUCCCGGGGGGCUCCGAGCUCUUCUCGUGCCCCGUGUGCCAGAAGAGCUUCGGCUUCCAGCGGAUGCUGAACCGGCACCUCAAGUGCCACAGCGAGGUGAAGCGGCACCGCUGCCCGUACUGCGGGAAGGGCUUCAACGACACCUUCGACCUGAAGCGCCACGUGCGCACCCACACCGGUGUGCGCCCCUACAAGUGCUCGCUGUGUGACAGGACCCUGUCCCCUCUGUCCCCACCUGUCCCAGGUGUGCGCCCCUACAAGUGCUCGCUGUGUGACAGGACCCUGUCCCCUCUGUCCCCACCUGUCCCAGGUGUGCGCCCCUACAAGUGCUCCCUCUGUGACAAGGCCUUCACGCAGCGCUGCUCGCUGGAGUCGCACCUGCGCAAGAUCCACGGCGUGGCGCAGCGCUACGGCUACAAGGAGCGCCGGGCCAAGCUCUACGUGUGCGAGGAGUGCGGCGGCACCGCCGACAGCCAGGACGGGCACCUGGCGCACCUGCGGCAGCGCCACCCCCACAGCCCCCUGCUGGCCAAGCUGGCCCGCAAGGCCGCGGCCACGGGGCGCCACCUCAUUGGGCGCUCUUAA